AUGGCUUUAAGAAAUGUUUUUAAAACCAAUAUGGUGAAAAGUGGUACGAGGUAUUUUAGCCAGGAAGCUAGUUUUGUAUCUGUAACUGUAAAUGAUAAAAAUGGAGUAGCUACACUGGAAAUGCAGAGACCACCGGUAAAUGGUAUAAAUUAUGAACUUCUCAGCCAGCUGUCUUCUACUUUAACGGAUCUCGAGAAAAACAAAUCAAGAGGUCUUAUUUUGACCUCAAAAAAUGAUGGUGUUUUCAGUGCAGGAUUAGAUAUCUUGGACAUAUAUAAACCCGAUCAAGAAAGGAUUAAAUUAUUUUGGACUGCUCUACAAGAUACAUGGAUUAAACUAUAUGGUUCUUCUUAUCCAACAGUAGCCCUAAUAAAUGGUCAUUCGCCUGCAGGCGGUUGUCUUUUGGCAUUGUGUUGUGAGUACAGAGUGAUGUUUAAGAACCGCACCAUAGGAUUGAAUGAAACACAGCUUGGUAUCGUGGCUCCCAAAUGGGUCAUAGAUAGUUUAAAAAAUGUGGUUGGAACUAGAAAAGCAGAAUUAGCGUUAACUGCUGGUGUAAUGUAUACAACUGAAGAAGCUCUUAAUAUUGGUUUAAUUGAUGAAAUAAUUGAAAAUAAAACAGAAGGAAUGGCUCGAUCAGAAGCAUUUAUAUCCAGAUUUGCCAAAAUAUCACCUAUUGCUAGAGGUCUUUCUAAGAAAUAUGUUCGAGGUAACACUAUUGAAGAUAUGGUCAAAAAUAGGAAAGAAGAUUUAGACAACUUUGUAAUGUUUGCUAAUCUACCUGCAGUUCAAGAAGGCUUGGGACUUUAUAUACAAAGUUUAAAGAAGAAGUCAAAGGCAUAA